UUGUAGGCAUACCCACACCGCCUAGAACAUGGCUGAGAUUGUAGUUGUACCAAGCGGUCCUGCCCGUUUGUGUGUCCCCAUUUACUUUCACCCCGUACAACUCGUCCAUCGCGUGAGACGUCCUUAGCGGGACGAGCGGGUGAACCUACUCCAUCCUGCUUCUAAAACAACGAAAGGUCGGAAUUUUAGAACCCGAGCAGCCAGCAGGCUUACCCAAAACCCACACGGCGGGACGGCGCGAACGUUCAUUCAAGCGGCAGCCACGAACGAAUCAACAUCUUCGGAGUGUCUGCGAAAACCCGUGCGACAUGUCACCGUAAGGACCCGCGGGAAGCUUGUGUCCGCGAGUUUGUGGUCGAUUGGUAAAAGUGCGUCAAACGUUUCGACACCUAUAUUACACCAGCUCGAAUUUGGAAAAUCCGAUACAUCUCACGAUCGAACACCAGCAGUCAACGCUUUGCAGAAUAAGUGGUGCGACUUUGUUCAAGUGUUGCGACCGUUUGCCGUCGUCAGUGCGGCCGUUUGGUUUGUUUGGUUGUUGAACCUGUUCCGUCCGGGUUUGUUUGGUAGUGGUGCCCGGGCCUUGGCGGGCCGCCAGAGUUUCUCGUGGUCUAGAUUCUAGAAGUGCCCGAAACCUCAGUGACGUCCCAGUUCCAGUUUGGGUGUUUGUUUUUCGUUUCGUUAUAAUUUUUCGUUUCGCUGGAGUUUCUCGGGUUCGAGUUGAGGCAGGCUGGUUCGGUGCGCGUGCAACAACGGCAGUGAGAAAGUGAAAUUUUGCCAUGGUUACAGUGUCGACGGGCCCGGGCCGAACCUUCACCCGGCUGGCACUGCUGCUGAGUUUGCUGUGCCGUGGGGGACUGGGCCGCGAUCCACCUACCGUGACCAUCCCCGACCAGGGCACGGUGAUGGGCAUGUACAUGAAGAUGUUCCGGACGCAGCGGGUCGUCGCGUACCUGGGCAUCCCGUACGCUCAGGCACCGGUCAACGAGAAGCGCUUCACGCCACCAGUGGUGGACAAUCUGCCCAGCUGGGAGGGAGUCAAGAAUGCGACCACCAUGGCUCCCCAUUGUUGGCAUAUGCCGCGUGAUACCCACCGCCGGCACAACCAGCUGUUUAUGGAGCUGAUCCGAUCGGGGGACGACGGUGGAGGCGAUGGUGGUGGCGGCGGCGGCGGCGAGCGGCAGUACGAUGAGGAUUGCUUGUUCCUGAAUAUCUACAUACCGGAUUCAACCAUGCCAACGGAUGGCUACUCGGUGCUAGUAACGUUUCCCACUGGUGACUUUGAUGGCGACACGCCCUUCACGUUAAAUCCCUUCCAGAUGGUGUUCAAGCAGAAGAUCAUCGUCGUGACGGUGGCCUACCGGUUGGGCAUCUUCGGGUUCUUCACCAGCAUGGACGGGGAGGCACCGGGCAAUUUCGGCCUGAUGGACCAGUCGGCCGCGCUGCUCUGGAUCAAGCGCAACAUCCGGCUGUUUAACGGGAACGAGGGUUCGGUCACGAUCAUGGGCCACGGAACGGGUGCGGUCUGCGUCGGGCUGCACCUCAUGUCCGGCGACUGGACGGACGACAUGUUCCACAAGGCCAUCCUGAUGUCCGGUAGCCUGCUGCUCGACUCGAGCGUCCGCACCGCCAAGCAAUAUGCAUCUUCUUUGGACGAGCUGGCGACCGCCUUCGGGUGCUUCCGGCGGCCGACCACAAAGAUGAUGGAUUGCUUGCGGCGGGUCGACGCGCAGAUUCUGGCCGAGAACUCGCCACCGAUCGACUGGGGCCCGGUCAUCGACCGGGGGCUGAGCAACACGACCACACCCUUCAUCUCGGACCACCCGAACAUGCUGGUGCACCAGGGCAAGCUGCGCCGGGUGCCACUGCUGAUUGGCCACACCGACAUGGAGGAGGUGCUGGAGCUGACGAUGGGCGACAUGCUGGAGCACGGGCUGGGCGCGGAGAUGUUCGAGACGCUGCUGGGCGACGUCGUGGUGGGCGAUCUGGCCGAGAUGGACUUCAACGAAACGCUGUGCGGCGGCAACAUGGACAUCGUGAUGGAAGCGGUCCAGUACCAGUACAAACCGUACCCUCCGACUACCGACCCGGUCGCCCUGCGCCGGAAGUACAUCGAGUUCGCGACCGAGCGCAAGUACGUGGCGCCGACGAUCGAGCUGGCGAUGCACAUGAGCCAGCAGGCGGACACGUUCGUGUAUCGGUUCGACAUCAAACCACGGACGGCGGCCGCCCUCAAGGAGGUGCCGGAAUGGGUGGGCGUGCCGCACAACUUCGAGCUCAUCUUCCUGUGGGGUCUGCCGUACUGGUUGGCGCUCGCCGACCAAAUGCAGUGGGACAGCGCGGACAAGCGGGUGGCCGACAUCGUGAUGACGCUGUGGGCGAACUUUGCCAAGUUCACCAACCCGACGCAGGUUGGCGUGUACAUCCGGUGGGAAAAGUUCACCGUCACCGAGCCGGGCGUGCUGAUCAUCGACCGAUCGUUCAACAUGAGCGACCACACGACGAUGAGCUUCGACGCGGUCAAGUUCUGGAACCAUUACUACCCGAGCGUCAUCAACUUUGCGGCCCAGUGCUGUAACGCCACGUACAACGGUGGUGGACGGGGCCCGUCACUGAGCGGCGGUAGUCUGGUGGGGAGCCUGGCGGUGGCGGCCACCACCCUUAUCCUGUUACAAUCAUUCGUUCACCUGCACACGACACACUUUGCCUCGCCAACGUAGUAAGCCACGCGACGCCGGAUGCGCAAAUGGAAGACGUUUUUGUAAUAAAUCACUCCUGUGUACAUAGCGAAUGUGUGGGUGCGUGUGCGUACUGGUAGCGAGGUUUUCCAUCGUUUUUCUUUGUUUGUUCGUAUUUGUUUCGUUCUGUAAAAGUAGACAAAUGAGAACGUGUUGUGUUUCUGUUUCUAAUUUAGCAAAACUAUAGUUUUCCUCCUAAUCCUAAUCCGACGCAGGUGUAAGUUGACAGAAAUAUAUAUGUACAAAUAAAGCAACUAAAAGAA